AUGUUGUUCCAGAGGCCCUUUCAACUUUCAUGCGUCCUUAUCCUCAGCUUACUUCAACAAGCAACAAGCCGUUUCCACGCAUAUGUCGACCCACCAAACUGGUUUGACACAGGUGGCAACAAGUUCCACAUUCCGAAAAAUCAAAUCCCCAUGCCGUCGCUGGUAAUCGACACUUUCCAAAACGCCGUCCACAACGACCUGGGAUUCUGGCACGGCGCCGGCGAGGAUCUACCCGUAUAUCAUGAGCCGGGUCUCGUACGCCUCGACCCCACGGACCCUGAUCAGAACUUCCACACCCAGUUCAACGUUCACGGGUGCUUCAGCUUGAUCCCAUGGCAGCGCCAGUUCCUGCAUGUGGUCUUUGAGGGAACGGAGGAGUUUACUGUCUCGCUGAACGAGCACAACGUCGAAUGCGAGCCGUUCCGGAGCCCGUUUCCCGGUGUGCCAGAUAGCGUGCAAGCUUCACGAUAUGUUAUGAGGACGCAAAUUCGGCCUGGAUCUGGCAAUGGUGAUGCAAACAGUGGUACGAAUGGUGGGACUCCGGGUCAGGGGAUGACUCGGAACCACAAACUGUGGCGCAAAGCGCAACGAGCGGGCAAUGGGAGCUAUGUGGAAGACGGCGAUCAAAACAAUGGACAUAACUAUGGAAACGGUGACGAGAUUCGUGCUGAAGAUCAAGGUCCAGCCUCGCCAGAGAAGACGGAGCUCUACAUUCCUCUUUCUCAUUUCCAUCUCAAUCAUAACCGUGUUGUGUCGGUUUCUUUCAGUGGCUUCUAUACUAAUGUGUCCCUGGUUUUGCGUCGAGUCGAGUUUGUGUCGAAUGUUCCUCCACCUUCGGCUGAGAAUAACGGCUUCCUCAUACCUGAAAAGGUACCCAGUGGCACCUUGAUCUUGCGUUGCUCUCGACCGAACUCGUUUGCGUUUGGGAUUGAUGAUGGCCAGCCGGAAUUUGCUCAGAAUGUCAUGCGAAUUCUUGAUGAGGAGGAUGUUCGGGCUACUUUCUUCGUUGUCGGUGCUGGCUUGGCUGAUAAAAGUACCAACUUUACCAAUUUCUAUCGGGAGAUGAUUGGGAAAGGACAUCAGGUUGCUCUGCAUUCGAAUACGCAUCCUAAAAUGGAAGCUUUACCGACGAUAGACCUGAUCGAUGAAGAGAUCGUUCGAACUAUACAGGUCUUCAAGGAUGAACUGGAUCUUCAAUCCCGUUAUUUCCGUCCCCCGUUUGGUACCAUCGGUGCACGCAUGCGAGAACAACUUGCAAAACGCAUCCCCGAUCCACUUAUCGUGAACUGGAGUGUCGACGUCGAAGACUGGCUUUGGGCUAAUACAUCCACACCUGAGAAACAACUGGAAGCAUUCUACCGCAACGUCGCACGGGGCGGAAACCUCGCCGUUCUGCACUUCUUGAGCCCAACGACUGUAGAGUAUCUACCGCAAUUCAUUCGGCAUGUCAAGGCAAUAGGGUUGAAGAUUAUGCGUAUAGAUCAGUGCUUAGAUGACCCGGCCAGCCCGCCUCUGUGA